GGAUUAGCUCUGCGCACGCAGCCCCGGUUGGUUUUUCCCCGGCACAAGCUCGGUUCCGCCUAGGUCGGAGAAGCAGCCCCGGGGAGAGUGCAGAUCCGGGGAGUCUAUGGAGCCGCGCAACAUCGGCUCGGCCAGCGUGGAACGCGGAACAGAUACAAUGUAGCGAGUGGAGGAGCUGGGGAGAGACCGGGAGCCACAACCCCCCGUAGCACAAGGGAGACCGGGAGCGUCCUUCCUUCCGCCCUUUUCCCGGGAAAUCAGUGUUUAUCCCUGGAGUAGCGACUGAGAUUUGGGCAGGCCCCGGCCUUUAAGAUGCUCCCGUACAACUGCCGGAGCUCGGGGUGAGGCCCUGGGCGGCUCCCCUCCCCCAAUCAUGCCUCCCGGACCCCCGUGAAACCCUUACUGGCCUCCCCGAAGUUGCUAAGCAGAGAGCACCAUGGAGCUGGAGCUGGGCUGGGCGGCACUGGUGCUGCUCUUCGCCGCCUCCCUGCUCACCGUCUCGGCCUGGCUGUUGCAGUAUUCCCGGGGCGUGUGGAGCGGCCGGGGAAAGCCGGAGACCUCGGGAGGAGCUCUAAGGGAAGCCGGCAUCUGGAAGUCCUUACUGAGGCUGCGGGUGGCCCGGGACGGAGCUCCCGAGGAGGCGGUAGCGGGGGCCAGAGGGCUCCUUGCUUCGCUCUUUGCCUUCAGAUCCUUCCGGGAGAACUGGCAGCGAGCUUGGGUGCGAGCUCUCAACGAGCAGGCCCGCAGGCACGGGAGUUCAGUCCAGAUCACGUUUGAAGAGAGUCCUCAGCUACCACCAGCGGUGAAUAUAAGUCACGUGACCUGCACAGACCAGGCAGACCACAGUAUGGUAAGGCACUGCCAUUCCGCAUUUUGCUGUGCUCUGUAUCUUUUCACUGAGUGCUAGUGUAUAUUCUACAAGGAUUAUCUUGGCCUUUAAGACUUGGAUAAUGGAGGGGGAGUGGGGCUGCAGGCCAGGGUUGAGAUGUCAGAGCUAUGAGGAGAGGGCCACUCA